AUGGAUUUUCGUAGCCUGAAUCGUUUAAACAAUCUUGUGAACACGUUAUCGGGGAAUUUCUUGCCGAUGACGAGCAAGAAAACGAAACUAACGGUUCUUUUCAAAAUCUAUUCGAUCAUCGUUUGGUUCAUAGAAUUAGUAUACCUGGCUGCUUGUAUUUUGGGACUUUUUUGCGUGCCGAGGGAGAAAGCGUUGAAGGAUGGCACAGUGAACGCAGUGGUGUCGUUAGAAAUAAUCACGCUAAUAAUUUACUUGCAUUGUCGUAAAAGAUUGUUACGUGGAUUAAUCGAAAAGCUGAAUCGUCUCGUCGAAGGCAAUGAAACGCUACAGGACGUCACAGUGAAUGUAGUGAAACCGAUAGAGAAAUCGCUGACGAUUUACGUAAUUGGUAGCAUUACUGCAGUUAUUGUUUGGAUAGCGUUACCACUUGUCGAGAUUUCUCGGAAGAACGAGUUCUAUUAUUCGGAUUAUCGAAUGCCAGCCGUUAUAUCCAAGCAACCUUUUUCAGCCAAUAUUUUUAUUGGCGGUGUUGUCCUGGAGAUUAUCGGCGGUACAUAUACGAUAGUUAGAAAAAUUGGCUUGGAUUUCUACACGAUCCAUUUCAUCCUUUUAAUGACGGCUCAAUAUAAGUAUCUCAGGAUCAAAUUUGCAACGACAUUUAAAAGAGAACCACAAGUUUUGGAGAGUUCGUACAACAAUGUUAUUAAAUGGUCUGGAGAUGAAAGGACCAUCAAACUGGAAAUGAAAUUGUUAACUAGCCAUUAUGAAACCGUAGUUGAGUGA